AUGGAAAGACUUGAUUGUACAGGAAGGAAGCUGCUUAGACGUCUGUUUGGCUACUUUUUGCUCAGAGUAUGCCACAGUGAAGAGCUUUACGCGGAAGUCGAUGUGAUGUACCUGCGGAUGACACGUGAAGGAUAUCAACAUCCUGCACCACCAUCGAAAUUGGGUAGAGAAAAUCGUCUUCGCUUCUUUGGUCAUGUAUUAAGGAAACCAGCAGACCGCUUUGUUCAUCGUGUUUUGAGGCGUUUGUCGUGUUCAAGCUGGAAGAGGCCACCUGGCCGAAAGCGGAAGUUCUGGACUGAGGUUUUGAAAGAGGACUUGAGGACACUUGGCGUGGAUAGGCAAUUCAAGCGAGACGUAACGUUUCGCAGGAUAUUGAAUAGCGACGAAUGGAUUGAUUCCCUGUAA